AUGGACGAACCUCAAGACUCAACGCAAUCUCUUCGUAAUGCACAAAAAUUAAAUACAAAUGAGGAAUACGGAGAGUCGAGCUCGGUGGAUUUUGGACGAAAAACACGUGUUCUGAAUGCACCUCAAACCACAAUAGAAGAAUCGAGAGAGUUUGUUGAAUCUACAAAUAGAUCAGGGGAUUUUUGUUGCGAAAGAGAAAUAGCUCAUGAAAAAACGAACGAUCUGGAGUCUAAACCGAUAGAAGCAGAUAUACAAGAUGAUAGAAUGUGUAGAAUAUGUUUUUCUGGACCCGAAGAGGAUGGCUUAGGACGCCUAAUUUCACCAUGUUUAUGCAAAGGAACUAUGAGGUAUGUCCAUGUGGAAUGCUUGAAUCAUUGGCGACUACGAAGUCAAAAGAAAACUAGUUUUUUUCAAUGCGAUGAAUGCAAAUAUAAAUACGCUUUUCGAAGGACAACGAUGGCUAAAUUUGCUACAAAUAAACUUGCUCUCACACUUGUUACUUUUACAUUGUUUGCCUUUUGUGUAUUUGUGGGUGGAUUCCUUGCAAAGUUCCUUCUCUAUAUUUACUUUUCUGAAGAUGAUUCGUAUGAUGACGAAGAAAGUGAUUCAUUGUUUGGAGAGCCUAUCACAAUCACAACAAUACUCACCAUUGAUUAUUUACAUAUAGCAUUAGGUUUUAUGUUUAUAGGAUUUGUUGGGUUUUUACAAUUGCUACUUUCAUUAAUGUGGUUUGGACCAAUUCCAUCAUGGAAUAGUUUUAGAUUCGGCCCAACUGGAAGUGGAAGAGGUGCUGGACGCGGCGCUGAUUGGUUCACUGCUAUUGUGCUCUCUAUUAUAAUUCUAGUUGGAGUGCUUAAGGCUAUAUGGGGGAUAUAUAAAUUGGUUAACAGUGCGAGUCGAAAAAUUUUGGAAAGAGUUGAGCUAACAAUUUUAGAGGUGAAUGAACGGUAA